AUUUCCAGCCUGUCAAUCAACCCGAGCGUUACUUUCUAACUUCAUCUUGUUUCUGGAUGGUCAUGAAGCGGAUGGUAGAAGAGCUCUGGGUGUUUUUUUUAAACAUUUGCUCAGGUGGAAACUGCUCUUAAUUUUCACCUUGGGGCAAAAGAGUUGAAAAAUUCACUAUGGGGAAGAUUGGAAGCAAGUUUGUGCUGACUUCUGUUGAAUCCUCCUCAGAAUGUGUUCCAUUACCGCAUACUCCAGCAGCUGCCAUUGAAAGACUUACCACAACCAACAGGAUGGAUGUGAAAUGGACUCAUUUGGGUCUCGUCUUCUUUGUAAUGCUGUCUAUCAUUAUGACAGGCUGCUUCAUCUGGCAGUAUCAUCUGCCCAAGCUAAUGCCUGAGGAAGAUUUGGAGAAAGCUUUUAAAUCUGAAAAGCUGUGUCCCCGAUACCCCAAGCCCACUCCAUUGGAGCAUCCAAUCCCCUACUUGAAGGCAGCAUUGGAGAAAGUGGAUGCAAUUCUCCGGCAUAGCAUCAAUCCCACCAGCCUUCCCACAAUAUCUGCCAUCGUCAUUUACAAUGACACUGUGUUGUGGACUGGAAACUUUGGAAAGAGAAAUGGCAGUGACCCUAAAUCAGCAACUCCUAAUGAGUACACCAUCUAUAGGAUUGCUAGCAUAUCCAAGAUCUUCCCCACUCUGAUGCUCUACCGGCUAUGGGAGGAUGGUAAAGUGGGAUCAUUAGAUGACCCACUGGAGAAGUAUGUGGAGAACUUCACCAUCAAAAACCCACUGGGGAAGAGAAAAAAUUCAGAGCUGAAAUAUGUAACAGAUGGUCUGAUUUUUCUGGAUAGUAGUGAAGUACCAAUUCGCUCAUCCUCAGUCACCCUGCGUAGAAUGGCCAGUCAUCUCUCUGGCUUACCAAGGAGACUUCGGUCCACUAACCUGCUGUGGAAAGGCAAGACUCAAGCUGCGCUCAAUCUUCUACAGGAUGAUGUGUUGGUUGCAGAUCCAGGGACCAAAUGUCACUACAGCAAUUUGGCUUUUUCCUUGUUGGCCCAUGUCCUGGCUGAGAGGGUGGUUGGACUGAAUUACCAGCGCUGGAUUAUUGAUAACAUCCUUGACCAGUUGGGAAUGGAGGACACUGGCUUUGAUAUCACCUCCAGCAUUCAGAGUAACAUGGCCGUUGGUGUCUAUGCCAAUGGCCAACCUGCACCACUUUAUGACCUAGGCUGGUAUCGCCCAUCGGGGCAGAUGUUCUCUUCAGCUGCUGAUUUGGCCAAAUUAGCCAUGACGCUUCUUGGUGUGUAUCAUAGAAAGAUUCUGGAUCCAGACACCAUUAAGAUAAUGCUCACUCCUUUGUUCCACUGUGAUAAAGAUUAUUUUGCCAAUCGCACUGGAACACCAUGGGAGGUGAAUGAACUUUUUGGUUAUGAAUUACUCCGCAAAGAUGGGGACCUGGAUGGAUACUCUGCCACAUUCUCCCUAGUACCCCGACUCAAGAUCAGCAUGGUUGUUCUGAUGGCAGGCACAAGGCCUCAGAACCAGGAUGUAAUAUCCAAAGCCUAUUCAUAUAUCAUUCCUGCAAUGGAGAGAGCUUUUAGUGAUGCCAAGCGGGUUCUUGUGCCUCCCCCCAAUCCUGCGCCAUAUAUAGGUUUCUACACCUACAGUAAUAUCACCUUUUAUGAGAUCAGAGCUGGACCAGAAGGAGUCCUUGUCAUGCAGCAGUUUGGGCCCCAGGUUGAAAGUUUAAUUCUUGAAAGGUACCGAACCAUAAAUUUGUCUUACCUGCUAGAUCGAGUUUUUAGGGUAGUGUUUAAAAAACAAUAUCCAUGCAUUUUACAUGUGGGUUCGGCAUCAGUGUCAUUGGAAGCCCAGGAUGGGCAACUCUUCAAUUUUUAUAUGUUUGACAAAUUUGGGUUAUCUCCUGGUUUUGAUGCACCAGGUCUGAACACCUACAAUGUGCUCAGAAUCCCCCACAGACCCGUAUUUUCAGAGUGAAAUUGAAUAUCCAACAAACUAUGAGAGACUGCACUAUGACAGUUUUGGGGUAGUUUAUUUCUAUAACACUUUUCACAACGGACAUUGUCUCAAAGCAGCUUUACAGAAUUUAACAAGCAAUGAGCAAGCCAUGGCGACUGUGGCAAGGAAAAACUCCCUUAGAUUUUAUGAGGAAGAAACCUUGAGAGAAACCAGACUCAAAAGGGGAACCCAAACUCAUAUCAAGAUAGUCUCCUAUGUCUGUUAAUUAUCUAGCAGUCGAUGAACUAGAUACUGCAGUAAUAAUAGUAAACUGUGUAAUUUGACUAACUUUAAACUACAUUAACUGAAAUCUUAGCAAUAUUGAACACUUUAUUUAUUUAUUUUUUUUUAAAUAAGUUGACAAUAAUGUCACAUUUAAACUACAAAAUUAAUAAUAGGAUGUUUAAGUAUUUCAUAAUUAGAAUAUAGUUUUUGUUUCAUGGUUAAGGGGCAGGUUUGAAUAAAUCAAGAAUUAUGUUACCCUCCAAAUACCUAACUAUACCUAAAAUGUACAUAAAAAUGAAUUGUAUAACUUAUUUUAUCCGUAUGAUAUUAAAUAUAUGUAUAUAUAAAAUCUGCUGACUAAAAUAUAAUUUUUGUAUAAUCCAAAACAAAAUACAAAUAGGAUAAUCAUGUAAACAUAGAAAAUUAUUAGGCAAUAUUAACUUAGAGCCAAGCAUACACUACACAAUCUUUUACCCAAUUUUAGCAAUUAUUACUGGCAUAUAAUUUUAUAACUGAUUAGAACUGACUGUCAGCAUGGAUGAUGAAGAUGAUCUGGUAGUGUGAAAUGGAAAAUGUGUUUGAAUUUUCCAGAUGAUUAGAGGCUUAUACAUUUUUCAGCCCUGUAGUUUUGAGAACUAAAAUGAGAUCAGAACUCUCAUUACAAAUUUUCCAACCACAUCUCUUUGCACAUCAUGUUGGUGCAUAAAAGGACAGACUUCAUCAUAAUUUUGGUAACACAAUAAGAGGAAUGUACCUCUGAAUUUUAUUUUUGAAAUCUGAUGCUUUGUUUUUACCAGAUAAUUAAAAAAAAAGCCAAAAAAUGUAUGUGGUCCAUGUGUCAUUGUGUCCAUCCAAUUUCCUAUUUUUUAAUCUAAAAUCAAAUCCGACACAGGAUCUCUUCUUUUUCAUAAUAAUUACUACAGCAACCAUUAAAGCUUUUAGGGGCUUUUCUUUUAGAACAUGCAAUUUCAACUGCACAUAAAAUAAAAGUAGAUUAAAAUUAUAAAAUUGCUAUUGUCUAUUAUCAAUCAAAAAAUCUCAAGAAAAAGAUAUUCUCCUAUAAUUUGUGAUCUCAAGAAAACAAAACCAAAAUAUUUUUCAUGCCCUUUCUGGACUUUGAUAUUUAUUAGAACAAGUGCAUUAACAAACAGAUUUUUUGGGGGAUGUAAGAAACAUCAGCUUAUGUUUCAGGUGGCUGAGGCUGAGGCUGUGUCCCUUCAAGCUGCAUGAAAGUAAUUUUAUAUAAUUACAGUACCAGUAAGCCACGGCCCAUAGGUAUAAAAAAUAAAAAUAAAAACACUGGUGUAGUACAUCAGGGCCACUAUCAUUUCAAUAAUACCACCUGGAGAAUUUGAGGAAUAAAAAUGAAAAAUGGACAGUGAGUAUUUUUUUCUCACAUCUCAAUACAAUCAAUUUUAUUAAAAUACAUACCAGCACUAUUCAAAAUACAAAACUCAUACUAUAUAAAUUGCCAUUAAAACAUGCAGAAUCCCUUAAGAUUGCAUGAACAAAAAAAAACGAUGUCAUGCACAGUCUAUUCUAUGCAGUUUGAUUACCCUAAUAAAUUCUGUAUGCACAAUUUAUUUAAAGUCUUUUGUAAGAAAGCUCAGUUUUCAUUAACAGUUGUUCAUCACUUUGCUGGGGACAAAAAGCGAGGUAUCACCUCUCUUGUUGCUGUCCCUUUCAUAUCCUUGAAAAGAAAAUUAGUCCAUCCUUUUGCUACCAAGGCAACUAAUGUCCAUUAGGAGCACAUCGCCCAUCAAUGAAACAAGUUCAACCUCUAUUAGUGUGCUUUUAGUAAGUUAAUAUUUUUAUAUGUUUUCAAAGCAGUGUAAAUCAUUACAUACACAACAAAACAAUGAUUAUUUGUAUGCAUUAGAUCACACUGUAGCAGAAGACAAACAAACAAACAAACAAGCAAACAAACAAAAUAGUCUUUAAAAAACAUAUUUUUGAACAGAGCUUAUCGAACUUGCUUAAAUUGUAAAAUUAUAUUUUCCCUUUUCAGUUUUACUGGAAGUUACACAAUACUAUCAAUAAACACCAUUUUGUCAUUGUUUUACAAAAUGUAUAUUAGGUGCUUUGUGCUUAGUUUCUUAGCACACCUAAAUGCAUUAUAGGUUUUGUAUAAAUGUUGAUAUGGUCAUUUGUCAUAUUUUCCACCCUUAAACAACAUUAAUGUCUUUACUAAAAAUCCUUGUGUACAAAUAUAAAUUAAAUUGAUAGAAAUAUCUUAUUUUGCUUUGUUUU